GGGCGGCGGGGGCCGUCUCUCCGGGGAGGUGGGCCGGUACCUUUCGCCGGCGGCUAGUGACCCGAUUCGCGCCGGUCUCCGCGCGCCGUCGCCGGUCCGGCCGGCCGGCCAGUGGUCUCUGUGGCCCCCAGCUGGAAAGUUGGGCCGUCUCCGGUGUCUGGCGCACGCCGCACGUGCCACUGGUCCACAAACGGGGAGCGAGCGACGCGCUCUCUCGGCCGCGCCCGGUGAAGGGUGCCACUGGGACGCGCUGGACAGAGGCGAUGGUCGCUGCGCGCGAGGUGCUGCUGUGCUGAUCGGUGUGAGAGGGGAGAUGUGAGAAGGGUGAGCGUCCGAGAGAGAUCUUCGCAAUGGUAUCAGCACUGGAUUUUACAUUAGGACCAUGGAAGAAGAAAGCCUGCCAUUCGAGAGAGUUACAAUCAGUGCUGUUGGCCGUGUUACUUCACAUUUCAUUAGCGCAGCGUCCAUCACCACCUCCCGGGUAUUACUCAUAUCAUCACGACGGCGCGGCGGGGUCGCCAUGGUCCGGCUACGUCACACAGCGCGACCCGCGCGCCAUACAGGGUCAGCAGAUCCGACCACUGCCGUGUCGGACGACCACCGGCGGUGUAGGUGUCUGUAUGUUCGUCUGGGACUGCUCGAAGCGCGGCGGCACCGCCGUCGGCAUCUGUACCGACAGGUUCAUGUUCGGCGGCUGCUGCGAACUGCCCGAGUCGCCGCCGCCGCCGCCACCGACGGCCAGCCCGGCCGCAGGCGACGGCUGGACGUCGCUGCUGCAGCCCGUCGAGCCGAUGCCGACGCCCAUGUCGUUCGUCGGCGUGCGGCCGGUCCUCAUCGGUGACGAUGAACUGAACGAGGUGCCGACGGGGCCGGUGACGACGGACCGGCCGCGUCCCACCACGCUCUGGGAGCGGCCGACGCGACCGACGCGACCGCCACCGCCGCCGCGCAACACUGUGACAGCGGGGAGCGCGGCGGUGACCGUCCCUAAAACGACGACCACCACGACAACUACAACCACCACCACUACACCUACCACCACCACUAGACCACCUACAACAACCACAACAACCACCACCACAACCACUACACCUUCCACUACCAUCACUACCACUGCCAGCACUGACCCAGUGCCGGACGAAACACAACCCGACGUCUCGACACCAUGGCCGCGUCCCACUCGGCCUACGCGACCCCCGCGGCCAACUGUGGUCACUGGGACCCUACCGCCGGAGAGCAGUCCCAAGACAGAGCCUCCGGCCACCCUCAGCGCCGUAACCAGCUCCAACGCCACCGGAAAACAGCCAGAGUGCGGCGUGCCGCCCCUGUUCCCGCUCGGAGACGGCUCGGGCCCGCUGAGCCGGAUCGUGGGCGGAAGGAGCGCCCCGUUCGGCAGCUUCCCCUGGCAGCUGUCCGUGCGACGUACGUCGUUCUUCGGUCUCAGUACCACCCACCGGUGCGGCGGCGCACUGCUCAAUGAACAGUGGGCCGCCACCGCCGCGCACUGCGUCGACGAUCUCUUGCUGGCCCAGAUCCGAAUCCGUGUCGGCGAGUACGACUUCGGCUCGCUGAAGGAGCCUCACCCGUACCAAGAACGCGGGGCGCUGAAGAAGAUCGUCCACCCCAAGUACAACUUUUACUCGUUCGAGCACGACCUGGCCCUGGUGAAGUUGGACCGGCCGGUGGAGCUGGCGCCGAACGUGUACCCCAUCUGUCUGCCGGGCAAUGACGACCUGAUGGUGGGAGAUAAUGCCACCAUCACCGGCUGGGGUCGGCUCAGCGAGGGCGGCAUCCAGCCGGGCAUCCUGCAGCAGGCCACGGUACCCAUAUUGGAAAACAGCAAGUGCAAGAACAUGUUCAAGAAGGCUGGUCGCGUCGAGUACAUUCCAGACAUCUUCCUCUGUGCCGGAUAUGAAAAAGGAGGAAUCGACGCCUGUCAGGGCGACUCUGGCGGCCCGCUACAAGUUCGAGGGAAGGACGGCAGAUGGUUCCUGGCCGGCAUCAUCAGCUGGGGCAUCGGCUGCGCAGAACCCAACCUGCCCGGAGUCUCUACUCGCAUCUCCAAAUUCACGGACUGGAUCCUGGAGCAAGUGACCGCCUCCGACGCGUGACGCGCCGGACGUAACACCGGACGUGUCGCCGCCGGACGUGACGUGACGACGCACGCCGUACGUGACUCUGAAGGACCGGCGCCGCGCCUGCCAGUCUUUUUGCACACAGUAACAGACUCGCGUUAAUGUGCGUAAAAAGCGAAAGUGAAACGGGAAAAGUGCGCGCUGUCGGCCGUGAGGCGUAUGACUGCGGCCACAGCCAGCGGAGCGAAUCCGUGACCCGAGCUGGAACUCUCUCCGGAGCGCGCUCCGGUGUUUUUACUCAAAGUACCGCGGUCUGAGCCGGGACUCGGCGAAUGAUCGGACCGCAGUGUAGUGUGUGUCAGAAGAAGGUGAGCUCUGGAAGCUCUCCUUGGAGUGGGUUGGUGCUGGUUCACCAACCAGUGCCGCGCCGUGGAGACGCACUCGGUGCUGCCACGGCCGGCGGCACCAGAGCUUUAUGGUGUAUCUGAGCAGCGUAUGAUCGUCGAGCUUGUGUUUUAUCGUGUGUUCACCAGCGUGUGUUUACUGCCGAGUGUGUGUAUGUGUGUUCAUUACGCCAAUGUGCUGUGUCUGACUCGCCCUGUCCUACGCAUCCCACGUGACUGCCCAACGCGCCGGGUAUCGGCGUCCACGGAAAUAAACGAGCUGUUUUAUGGAGA